AGCCGGGAGCGGCCGAGGAUGGCGGCGGCGCCGGCGGCGCGGGAGCUCACGCAGAACCCGCUGCAGAAGACGUGGGAGCCCUACGACAACGGGCUGCCGGCGGGGCACAGCGCGCAGCGCGGCGUAUGUAUGACCAAUUGCCCUACUCUGAUUGUCAUGGUGGGUCUUCCAGCAAGAGGAAAAACCUACAUCUCAAAGAAGCUGACGCGCUACUUAAACUGGAUUGGAGUGCCGACGAAAGAGUUUAAUGUCGGUCAGUAUCGUCGAGAUUUGGUGAAAAAGUAUAAAUCCUUUGAAUUCUUCCUGCCUGACAAUGAAGAAGGCUUGAAAAUCAGGAAACAGUGUGCCUUAGCAGCGCUGAACGACGUCCGGCAGUACCUCAGUGAAGAGAACGGGCACGUGGCUGUCUUUGAUGCUACAAACACAACCCGAGAACGUAGAGAAACUAUUUAUAAAUUUGGUGAAGAAAAUGGAUAUAAGACUUUUUUUGUGGAGUCUGUGUGUGUCGAUCCAGAGGUCAUUGCUGCAAACAUUGUGCAAGUGAAGCUGGGUAGUCCUGACUAUGUUGAUUGUAGUAAUGAUGAAGCAACAGAAGACUUCAUGAAAAGAAUAGAAUGCUACAAGAACUCAUAUGAGACCUUAGAUGAAACUCUGGACAAAGAUCUUUCAUACAUUAAAAUUAUGGAUGUCGGAAGGAGUUAUCUCGUGAACAGAGUGAUGGAUCACAUCCAGAGCCGGAUUGUCUACUACCUCAUGAAUAUCCAUGUGACUCCUCGGUCAAUCUACCUCUGCCGACACGGAGAGAGCGAGCUUAACCUGAAGGGGAGAAUAGGAGGAGAUCCUGGGCUGUCUGUCAGGGGGAAAGAAUUUGCCAAAAGCUUGGCACAGUUUAUUAACGAGCAAAAUAUCAAAGAUCUGAAAGUUUGGACCAGCCAGAUGAAAAGGACAAUUCAGACUGCUGAAGCCUUGGGAGUGCCUUAUGAGCAGUGGAAGGUUUUGAAUGAGAUAGAUGCAGGAGUGUGUGAGGAAAUGACAUAUGAAGAAAUACAGGAAAAUUAUCCCCUCGAAUUUGCACUGAGAGAUCAAGACAAAUACAGAUACAGAUACCCUAAAGGAGAGUCCUAUGAAGAUCUUGUUCAGAGGCUGGAGCCAGUAAUUAUGGAGCUCGAAAGGCAGGAAAAUGUGCUUGUCAUUUGUCACCAAGCUGUCAUGCGCUGUUUGCUUGCUUAUUUCCUUGACAAGCCUGCAGAACAACUGCCCUACCUGAAGUGCCCACUGCAUACUGUCUUAAAGCUAACCCCGGUGGCGUACGGAUGUAAAGUAGAAUCCAUAUUUCUGAAUGUCGAAGCUGUAAACACACACAGAGAUAAACCCGAGAAUGUAGGUGUGAACAGGUCGAGAGAAGAAGCUUUGAGGACAGUCCCCACGCACCUAUAGCUGCAGCUCCCGGGGUGGCAGCCCUUCCUCCAGCAGCUCAGGGUCCGGCGGUGUCGGAGCGGGGCGGGAUGGACGUGCCCCCCCUUCCCUUCGAGACAUUUCCAAUGUGAUUCCGCUUCUUUGGACUUGUGCUCGUGGAUAACUCAGAAGGUAUGAUCGUGGCAAGCAGAGCAGAGUUGGUUUUAGAUUCUUUUCUUGUGUAAAUUUGUGCAGUUUCAGUGGGUUUUUACUGUUUGUCUGUGGAUGAUGUAAGGUGGUUAAUUGCCCGUGUUGGUUUUACUGUCAGAUUUUAAUUGGACUUUAUUUUCUUUCGUGUUUUUUCUAAGAGUUCUCUUAUUUUUACUGUGAAUGAUUGCCUAGAAUUACAUAGAGGGUUUUUUUGAUGGCGUAUUUAACAUGGGCAAAAUCUACAUUUUCAGCACUGGAGGCUUCAUGUUGCAAAGCUGCUUUAAAUGGGGAAAGCCCAUCAGCCCUGAUGAUUGUCCUAUGUUUUAAAUUGAACUUUGGUUUGCCAACCAAAACUUAAAUUUUUUUCUGAAAUCCACAAGUGUCAUGGGUUGACACACUUUGGUUUUCAGUUGGGGAGGAAUGUGGAGUGUUGGAGAUGUUGUUCCCUUUGGAAAAUCAAAGCGUUAAAGCUGGAUUUGCUAGCUGGGAAAUUCUGCAGUUUUAGCAAGAUUUCAACACUUCGCAGAGACCAGGUGUAUUUUGGAGGGCAGUGGGGGACAUGAGUGUGAGUGACAGCUGGGGAAUGAAUCGAGAGAGAAGAUGGAGAGAGACACAUCCUUUCUGCUGCAGUUAUGGCAGGGGAUGAGCAGCUUUUCUAAGUCUGGAAGGGAGGGGAAAAAGAUUGAGCCUGUCAAGGGCUGGAAAAGCUGCCUCUCUUGUUAGUGUUGUCAUUAUGCUUUUAGAGAAUUUUUGGAAUGAAUUUCAACAUAAAAGUAUAUGUUUCUCUUUUAUAGCCACAUUUAAUACGUGCAACAAGAAACAGUACAGGAAGGUUAAGUGAGUUUAACCAUUCUAACAGCUCAUGCAACAAAAACAACAGGUAAAUUCUGAAAUAAUUUUUAACAUGGCACACCUGCCUUGGGGUUUUUGGUAUUGUUUUUAAGCACCUUCCAUCAUCCCAACUCUUCGUUGCUUUUUAAUGCCUAGUGAAACUCCAGUGCUAAAAAUGGAAUUUUCUGUGUCUGUCAAGGUCAUAACCUUUUAACUGUACUAAAUCAAAGUGUAUUUUGUGUGUGUGUUACCAGACAACUGAAGUGAGCUGCCAGCACUGCUGCUGGCUCUAGCUCUGAAACGAGAACUAUUCUUUGGUAGCUGGACUGUGUUUUUUCUAAGGACUCUCUCCAAUUAAUUGAGCUUUUACCAUGUGAGUUGUUUUGUUGUUUUGGUUUUUUUUUUUUCUUUCCUGAAUUCCUGUGUGAAAUACCAGGCCCUGGUAACAUAGUUUUGCACGCAAGGGCUAAACUGUCUUUUGUUUGUGCAGGGUUUAUAAAAUAAUGUGCUGCUGUUGUGAUUUUUUUUUUUUUUUUUUUCUUAGUAAGCUAAAUUCAGCAAUAUAUUCAGCCCUGGAAGUAAGCCAUAGUGGGUUCUGUUUCAGAGGAGGAAUGUGUAGGGUGCAGAAUGACCAGGAACACUUGCUUCAAGUGCUGCUGUCUAAAGCUUUGUGUGUGUGUGUUACGGUAAUGCCAUUUCAGACCUUUAUUAAUUGAGCUGUGCCCAGAGUUGUGGGGUGAGGAGAGAGCCUGCCUGGCACUGCUCAGAGGAGUGGAUUUAUUGAUGUGUGGUUAACAAGGCCACCUUUGUGGCACAACUGAAGGAGCAAUUUUCUUUCCCACUGUGCUGUGGGAAAGCUGGGCUGUGCCCCAGGCAGCCCUUGCUCCUCUGCUGGGACAGGUGGGGUGGUUGAACAGUUUGUACACUGAGAAUGUGAGGAUUUAGCUGUAAAAAUCCCAGGAGGCUGCAUUAGAAAAGUGGGAUUUUACUAGCAGACUAAAAUCAGCUCAGACCCACCUGAAGAAAUGUGGAGAGAGAAAUGUUUGCCCUCCUGAGAGCUGAGCCCAGGGGCUGCUCCUCUUUGCUGGCAAACACGGCUUGAAGUGUUUCCUCUCCCCCUUUGUUUUACCUCUCUGAUCUGUCAGAGGUGCUGUAACAUCCUUGAGGCUACAUGUUCCAUGUACAGUAGGUAUUUUUAUAGCCUGCUUUCAAAUAUACUGUGAUGAGUGUUUUACUGCAAUGGGUGUUCAGUAAAAAGAGUUGUAUACAAGUGUAAAUAAACUAUUGUGCUGAUACUUGAAGAGAGAGGGAAAAAAAGAAAAGUGAAGUUAUUGGUUCUGUGGUAGGAAGGUACUAAAUCAGUGACUGCAUCUGACCCUGGCUGGAGAGAACAGGUGUAGAGGAUGAAUGUAGAUUUGAGCUGAAUGUAGAUCUGGAGUGAUGGGUUCCUCCAGGGAUUAACCCUAACUGCUGUUUUGGGAAGGCACAGUUACGAAUUGCAGGUAAUUGUCACUUUCUAAAAGUGUGUGUCCCCCACUCCUGACAGAGCAGUCACUGACAGGGGAGGGGAAAACCCUUGUCCUGACCCUGUGUGUUUGUACCAUUGGACUGCCUCUGUCCUGUGUGUGCCUGGCUCAGAUGCAGUCUCUCGAAUGGGAUUAAACUGUCCUUUCUUACAUCGUUGUAAUCUUUCAGACAAAUGUAAUCAUUUGACCUUUGAUCCAAGUAAUAAAGAUCAAAUGCUACAAA